AUGAACACAUGCCCAUCCUGGUGCUCUCUGGCCGAUUUCCUGGCUGGAUAUCGGCCAGGAACUCUACAAUUCAUGCGUACUAGCUUAGGACGGCCCCUUGAAGCCGCUGUGUCGCAAAUCAGCGCAACGGCCGACACGCAUUCCAGCGGUAGGAACACGGGCCCCUUGCCCGUUUCCCAAAGGGGAUCUCACGGCAGCAACGGUAUCACUCAUCGACAGGACCCAAUACCAGCAGAUGGUCAAUCCAAGGGCCUGUCCCGGCAAUUUAACUUGUCCCAGCUUGCCUUCAUCAAGCUGCCAGUCGUAUUUGACACCCACGAUCUGGACCAGGUGAUUUGUUGUCCACCGGUCACUCGGGUUGCGCUUGAAGUGGUGUGGCAGGUAAAACUGUAA